AGGCGACUGGCUGCUUUGGCACUUCGACCUCCAAAUGCGAUAAAUGCGGCGAUUCAUACUCGUCGCCCUUGUGGGCGCCGUGUGCUGCGGCACCGUUGCUGCCGUCGAUCCACUCUGCUCCGUCUACGAUCCCUUCAAGGUGCUUCCGGACAACAACAAGUUCCAAAUCGGAGGAGCAUUUCCACUGCACGAUCAGGACUGCAAGAAGUUGCUUCCCGAGACCGUUCAGGACAUAGUUGCCAUCCAGUGGGCGCUUACACACUGGAACCAAAAUCCGGCAAAUCAUAAUGCAAAAUUAGGUCUUUACGCUGGAGAUACAUGUUCACGAGCACAGGAAGCGCUCUCGCAAUCGUUGCGAUUUCUUGAUUCGGUCGGAUAUCAUGAGCCGAAAGAAUGCCGAACCGAAACGGCCGGAGCCAAACUGCUGGGUCUGAUAGCACCGAAGGACUACAUGUCAUCGACAUCGGUAGCAACGAUGCUCACAGUGGCUGAGCUACCGGUGGCUGCAUAUUCGAGCCAGGCAGCGAAUGCACUGAUCGAACUAGAAGUUCCGAAUAUCGUAGUUACAACUCCAACAAUGGAAGUCUACGUGGAAGCUUUGAUCAAAUUGAUGACAGCUUUGCGUUCAAACCUAGUCACCGUCGUUGAAGAUGGAUCAAAUGGAGAGACUGUGAAGAGAGUUGUGAAUCAAUUGAAUGAAGCCGACAUAUUUGUGUCAGAUGUACUACAUGUAGAUCAUCCCCAGCUAGCACAAGCCCUUGAAGAUAGUGAUAGCGAUAUAAUCGUUUCCUUACUGCCCAAAACUGAUCUCAUGGCCGCGGUAAAUGACCCAUCUUUGUACAAAAUGGAUAAGCUGUGGAUUUCACUACCAGUUGAUGGAGAAGCGCUUGAUAGUGAAGAACAGACCGAAAUCUUGCAUCCACAGGCAGAAAUUGAGAUCAUUUCCCUGCAACCGCACUUCAUUGACCUGCCACAGUUCCGUGACUACUUCCUUCGAGUUUUGAAAAACAACUACCAAAGCUAUCAGCUUUUGACUUCUUAUGUACAACAGGUCUACAACUGUACCGAUGAGGCUUGCGAAGUUGAGAAAACUCAAAUGGCUCUGCGUUAUAUGCAAUCGGCAACCACCGAAGCAGUAAUCAGAAUGACCUAUGCUUUCGCAGCUGUCGGCCAGAAGAUCGGAAGUGAUGCGGAAAAAGAACGAACAUGCGCUCAUCCAACUCCCGAAUGCACAUCGCUAAUUGUGCAAGAACUGCUAAGUCUUGACUAUGAGUUCGGCAUCAAUGAUCCGUCUGAAUUCGCUGGAGAGCGCCUCAGCUUCUACAGAGGUCGCGAGAAAAUGCUUGUAGCAUCGGGCAUGAAUGUGAAAGCCAUCGAACUGUAUAACAGUGGUGGAAAGACGAACGUAUACGAGUUGAUGUCGUUCACCACUGGACGUCAGCCCUCUGUAACGAUGUCAUCCAUCAGAACAGCAGAUCAGCGCAAACGCUCAAUCUGCAGCCCAUAUCGUCCUUUCUGCGGACAAUGCCCCAAUGUUCAGACUGUCGAUGGAGAGAGGCACUUCCUGUCUAUUCCACGUCACUAUCAGAUGUACUUGAUUGGGUUGUUCGAUCUCCAUGCCGGCUCAGCAUGCUCGUCUAUGAAAACCACCGACAUCAGUUUACCUAUGGCAUUUGUGCAUACGGUGUGGACCUUCAAACAACGCUUCCCCGACUUGGUCCUGCUGAAAAACCUAGACUUUGGUGCACUGCUCGUCGACACCUGCUCAUCUGGCAAGCAGGCCAUCGAGACAGUGGUCCGAGCCGAGACGCAAUGCUUCCGCUUCAACCAAGCUGGCAGAAACAUUACCAUCGUGCCCGGCUCGGUGUUCGGCUAUGUCUCCGGUCUACACGGUGACUCGCAAGAGGCCCUGAAGGGCUACUUCUCCUCCGGCGAUUCCGCGGCCGCGCUAGUCGCCGCCGAUGCUGACGCGACUCCACGCCACGCCUUCACGGCUCUACCCGGAGCCAGAAGCCAGGCGCUCGCUCUACUCAGGUUCCUUAAUCGCAUGCAUUGGCAGUUCGUCACCGUAGCGCUUAGCGAGCAGGAUCCAGAAUCACUGGCGGCAUUCCGCCAUUUCGAGCGCCUUGCGCUGGAUCGUGGUGUUUGUCUGGCAGAAGUUGUGAAUAUCGGAGGAGUGCGAGUGGAUAACCUACCGAUUGGUACAACUACUAAUGUGACAAUAGUAUUCGCCACUUCCCGCGAUGCAGCUGCCUACCUUGCCUUGACCCUUCGAUCGCCACGUAAAGUCGUCCAUAUUAUGAUGGGAGAUUCACACGAUUGGUAUUUGCACGAUCCACUGAACAAGAAGAACUUCCAGGGUGUCGUUUCAGUGCAACCGAAGGACAUCCUCCACAAUGAUUUCCGCGAGUGGAUGGAGACAACAACGCCAUUAACGCUACCCGAAAAUUGGUUCUGGUCUUUCAUCGAAGACCGUUGGCAGUGUGCGCUUACGCAAAAGAGCAAACUCACAUAUGGAAAGAUGUGUACCGGGGAUGAGACAUUGAAUCUUGACAAUUUGGGAAGAAUGACGAAAGCAGGUUAUCUCUCGCGUGGCUUAGAGCGCUUCUUAUUCGCUAUGGACUCGGUCUACAGGAAAAUGUGCCCAACCCAAAGCGGUUUGUGCUUGGAGUUCUACGAAAAUGGACGACAAAUGAUCUUGAGUCAGCUGAAGAAGACCAAUGUCGAAGACGAUGUAGACAUCUAUGAAUUCCUUCAUGUCGGAAACGAUGAGUAUGACUAUCGAACAAUCGGAAACUGGUCAGUCUCCGGCGGUCUGCGCUUGCAUUCGCUUUAUCGCAGUUUCUUUGACGGUCCAGUAGAAUCGAAAUGUCAACCACCAAUGUGUAAAUGCUUCCUCGAUGGCGACUUCUUCCAGCGCCCUCUCGACUCGUUUGUUCUGUCAUCUGAACAUGUGGAAGCAGAUAUGAGCAGCGGAUCAUAUGUGAAAAGACAGCCAGCUUUCGGUUCCGACAGAGUUGGAUAUCAAUCGGUCUUUGAGCACUUUUCGAUGGGACAAUGGCGUAAUUAUACGCACAAUUUUGUGCUACUUGCACUCAUCACGCUCCUCACUUUUGUUGCCAUCGCAGUUCUUGUUCUUGUGCUAAUCAAACUCUACCUCCGUGUUGUGAAGGGUAACCAGUCGCUUGGGAUCUCCUUACUAGUAGGAAUCAUCAUCCUCUACAUUACCGCCUAUUUCUUCGUCUUCGAUGCAACCGAUGCGGUUUGCCGACUCCGUGUGGUAAUGCACGGUUUCGGUUACUCGCUCUGUUUCGGAGUGAUGAUCGCAAAAGCCACACAGCUUCGAAAUGCCGAAACGCUAGGUUUCGGCACUGCCGUGCACAUUUCAUUCUGGAACUACUGGCUGCUGCUAUUUUUCAUUAUUGGAGUACAAAUCGCACUAAAUACGAGAUGGGUCGCCGAGCCAUUUAUGUCCACACUGGCCGUGUCGGACUCGCACUCGGAGAUGGUGUGCACGUUGGGCAGGGAGGAGUUCGUACUCGCUAACAUCUACGUCGUCAUUUUGCUGUUUCUUGCUUUGUUCAUCAAUAGUAGGAAUAGGAAUAUCAAGAGGAACUACAAGGAAACAAAGUGGCUUUUUGUCUCGUCCUUGCUUUGCACUUUCAUAUGGUUCACAUGGAUCACUGUCUACUUCGUUAUUCCAAACGAAUUCAAGGAGACCGUGAUUGUGUUAGAACUACUUAGCUGCUCAUCCAUACUGCUCGGUUUGUUGUUCGGUCCUAAAAUCUAUAUCCUCCUCUCAUACGAACCCGUAGUGGUGGAGUUCAAACAGGAUGGUGUUCAGCCAGGCAACAACAUGACACUGUUUGAGAGAGAUGAUGAUCUGCCAUCGAUGCGAGCUGUGUCGCCAGCUAGCAGCGGUGGUUCGACUCGCACGGCUUCGUCCAUUCGCACUGCGAAGGUACAAGCUCCAAAUGCACUAUACCAAGACGAACCGUCCCCCAUCUUCCACACGGUCAUGAGGAAAAAGAACAAGGUGCGCCGGUCGCACAGCGAACAUGAAUUAACCGAGCAGAUCCGUGCCUACCCGGAUGCAGCAGUCAUUCAUACUCCGUCAUCAAAGCCAACACCACCAGGUCUGAAGCGACCGACGAUCGUACACUAGUUGUAGUUUCCGAUGCUCAACAUUCUUUUAUUUGUACAUAUCACAUGUAAGUGCGGUUUCUUACCACAUUUGCGCUGCAAUCGCGUGCGAUUUGCGUUUUCGUUCGCAUGCCGCCGUGCGCGAUUGUUAGACGGGAGUUUCAGUUGGAGACGUUCCAUUAUGUAUUACAGUCUAUGCAUUUUACUAGCUAACCUCCUCACUUUGCCACCUUCCACUUGUGGAUCCCUUGAUGUUUUCUCACCCGGCCAUUACUCCAGGGACCACUAUCUCUAAGAUUUCACAAUUUGGUGUCUAUGCAUAAAUAUGAACUUUCUCAGCUUUUAUAUAUGCACACCGAAGCCAUCGAUAAAU